AUGUCGGUAUGGCUACCACUGCAAAUCCCCGACCCCGUCUUCCCCGCAGAGCCUCUUCUAUUGCCCGAUCUACCUCCUUUGCCCAGGACUUCGUCUACAUCCCGGCCUGGUGCUCCUGCUCAUCCUCGACCCUCGCCUACAGCCCGGUCAUCUGCCCCGUCGCCUCUUCAAUCAACUAAUCCUUCCCGGCCGACUUCUAGCCCUAGUCGCGGCCGUGGUCGAAGAUCAACCAACGUGACUUAUACCAACCCUGCCUUCAGAGAUGCCUCCCAGGAGGCUCGUCGGGCACGUUCUGUAAAUGACCGCUCGAGUCGUGAUGCUUCCUCUUCUUCUCGGCGUAGGGUUCGGCUACCUUCCGAAGAUUCUGACUUGGAUGACCAGCCUUUAGCUCAGAGACUUCGCCGCAAGGCCCCCCAUCCUAGCCAAGACUCGGGCCCUUCCGCUAUUCCUCAUCCUUCACCUCCUGUUGCAACCACGACUCCUAUCCCGAGCCAGACAAAUACUCCUCUUGCUCCACCCGAGGCUCCGGCCGAACCUCCGCUAACUCAACCUUCAACCUCUCAACAGCACCCGAGCACUGAAGUCGGCCCCUCACAUCGCCCUUCACUGACUACCUCACCUCCAGAGCCUUCUCAUGUGCCCCCUUCAGCUCCUUCUGGCUCAGCUGCUGGACCUUCACAGCCACCGCCACCCAUCCAUCACCAUUACCGUACCACUACCCCUUCUGAGGCUGGGUUAAGGUCAUAG